ACCUUUGACCAUAAUCAUUAUUGCUUGAUAACAACAUCCAGAGGCUGCACACUGUUACAAACUGAAUGAUGGGUGAGCAAGUCGGUUUGAAAAUAGCCUUUGGCAUAAUAGCAGUGCUUGCUUUGACUUGCAAUGGAUUAUUUUGCUUGGUUCUAUUGAUGGAUCGUAAGAUGUUGAAUACUGCCUGUAACGUAUUACUAUUCAGCCUUGCUGUGACUGACAUGUUCACAGGCAUCAGUCUGUUCGUCACGCCAAGCUACAUCAUUGGUCCAGACGAUUUUAAUAUCCCAGAAGGCAUAGCGGGUGAUCUAUUUUGCCGCCUUCUCUACUCGCAGUGCAUCGUAUUCACGUUGGGUAUCGUGUCAGUGUACACGUUGACAUGCAUGGCUGUAGAAAGGUGGUACGCCGUCACACGUCCGCAAAAAUACAAGCUGGUAUUUUCUAAAAACAAAAAGUACAUUUAUGUUGGCAUCGUGUGGGUUCUGUCAUGUCUUCUAAACUCACCACACGCAUUGGAGAUGGAGCUUUCUUCUAACAACAACUCGUCCAAACCACAGUGUGUAUGGGUGACAACCAUUACCAACCAGAAAACUAGAUAUGCGGUAGCCUUCCUGGAAUUCCUUGGCAAAUACUUUUUACCAGUCUUCGUAACCUGUGCUACGUUUAUCAGUCUGAUGCAUACGGUCAAGAAACCAAACAGUUUGUUUCUUCGUCACCGUGGCAACGCCGGUGUUCGCCUUCUACGCAUGUGUACUUUCACUGCUUUUGUGCUUGCGUUUUGUUGGUUCCCAAAUCAGUUGUAUUAUCUACUGUUCAAGUUUCACGUCACGCAGCUCAACGUCCCCGGUCAUCACGCAACCGUGGUAUUAUGUAUGUUCAAUUCCUGUGUCAAUCCAUGGGUUUACUGUGUCACAAACAAAACAUACAGAAGAAAGUUCUUUUCACUUUUCCGCAAGUGCUUUCCACAGCUGGGAGAAAGUGAAACGUCCACUGCUUUUGAUGGUUCAACCGCGCCAGGAGGAGAAGCAAAAACUUUAUCAAUGAUAAGAUCAUCUGCUUCUUGUAUUCUUGAAAAAGUCAAACAUUUUGACAACAAAGGAGUUGUAGAUUCCGAUGACCUUGAAAUCAUUGAGCUAUCUAAACAAAAACCACUAGAAAAUAAAGAGGAAAAACAAAUGGGACGCAUUUUCAGCCCUUCUAAUGAUCCAGAAAAUCAUCAAGAACACCAACAACGAGACUACAUCUGCUGAGAGAAAAGAUGAAGAACUUUAUUCAGUAGCGCUUGUUGCCCACUAUCAUAUUAAUAUAUAACCCGUGUGAAAUGUAAUCAAGAAAAAAUGUUAUGUUUGUACAAAGUGUAUUUCCACGACAAUGCUAUUUCGUAAGGUCUGGCCACGUAUGUAUACUUUGUAAAUUGACGUAUAGAUUUCUAAAAGAUAUGAAUAAUAUAUUAUAUAUACAGCUAUUUGCAAUAAUUCUGACCCCCCUACACUAAUAUUCAUA